GUCUCUCCCCAGGACUCCGCUUUCAGCAUGUCGCAGAGGCACUCAGACAGCUCGGUGGAGGAGAGCUUUCCAGAAUACCGCUUUCACUCGGAGCUGCGGCUCGAUGCCAAGGGCCAUCCGGUGCCCAAGCUCCCGAUGGUCCGGAGCUCCCUGCGGCUCCGGAUCGGGCCCACCAGCCCCUCGUCCAUGGCGGCCCCUGAGGGCCCGGUGGCGGGCCCCGUGGUGCUCAGCACCGAAAGCCCCGUGGCCCUGAAGAUGGGCACCCAGCAGCUCAUCCCCAAGGGCCUGGCGGCGAGCAGCAAGACCAAGACCCCCGCACGCCACCAGAGCUUUGGGGCAGCCAUACUCAGCAAGGAGGCAGCGCGGAGGGACCCCCAAAUCCUGGCCACCCCCAGCUUCUCGCUGGAUGACAUGGACGUAGACGUGGGUGCCACCAGCAUGCUGCGCAGGAAUCUGCGGAACCAGUCCUACCGCGCAGCUAUGAAGAGCCUGGGGGGCCCUGGCAGCCAGGAAGACCCCAGUCUCAUGACCCCCAAGCUGCAGUCGCUGGCCGAAGAGCCCAAUCAGCCCCCUGCCCGGAGCACAGCCAGAAACAAGAAGACUCUGGGCCGGAAGCGGGCAAACAAAGGCUCCUUUAAGGAUGACCCCCGCUUCUACCAGGAGAUCCGUGAGCGCGGUCUGAACACCAGCCACGAGUCGGACGACGACCUUCUGGGCGAGCCCUGCAGCCCCCCUGAGCCCCGCAAAGUGGACACCCCCAUCGUGGUGAAGACGCACCGGCCUGCACAGCUCACCUGGAGUCAGCUCCCUGAGGUGGCGGAGUCGGGGCUCCUGGACCAGCUGAGCGCCGAGGAGCGCAAGAGGCAAGAGGCUAUGUUUGAGAUCCUCACGUCGGAGUUCUCGUACCAGCACAGCCUGGGCAUCCUGGUGACCGAGUUCCUCCAGUCCCAGCCGCUGCGUGAUGCCAUCACCCAGACCGACUUCCACCAUCUCUUCUCCAACAUCCUGGAUGUGCAGCGCGCCAGCCAGCGUUUCUUCGAGGCGCUGGAGCAGCGUCACCGGGAGCAGGUGUGUGUGGAGGACAUCAGCGACAUCCUGGAGGAACACGCCGAGCACCACUUCCACCCCUACGUGUCCUACUGCGCCAAUGAGGUCUACCAGCAACGUGCUCUACAGAAGCUGACGGACAGCAACGUGGCCUUCCGAGAGGUGCUACGGGAGACGGAGAAGCGGCCUGCGUGCGGAGGGCUCCCCCUCAUCUCCUUCCUCAUCCUUCCCAUGCAGCGGGUCACCCGGCUGCCGCUGCUCACAGAUACGCUGUGUCUCAAGUCCCAGGGCCACCCUGAGCGCUACAAGGCUGCCAGCCGAGCCCUGAAGGCCAUCAGCAAGCUGGUGAAGAAAUGCAACGAGGGGGCGCACCAGAUGGAGCGGACAGAGCUCAUGUACCGGCUGUCCACGCAACUGGACUUCAGCAAAGUCAAGUCCCUCCCGCUCAUCUCGGCGUCCCGCUGGCUGCGGAAGCGCGGGGAGCUGCAGGUGCUGGAGGAGUCGAGCCUGUUCCGGAAGCUGGGCAGCCGACCCACCUCAUACCUGUUCCUCUUCAAUGACGUGCUGGUGCUCACCAAGAGGAGGAGCGAGGAGAGCUUCCUGGUGCAGGACUAUGCCCGGACAGAGGACGUCUUGGUGCAGAGACUGGAGCCCAGCGAGGUGGCUUUGCCCGGUGGCGGCAAUCGAAGCUCGUCCAUUCCGAAUCCCUUCCGGCUGACCCUGCAGCGGAACAGCGAGGGCCGGCGGGAGAGCGUCCUACUGUCGGCUGAGUCGGCGAGCGACCGAGCCCGGUGGAUCACGGCACUGACCCACAGGGAGAAGCAGGGGCCCCCUGACAAAGGAGCCCUGCUGCAGGUGGAAGUGACCCGGGCCUACCUGGCCAAGCAGGUGGACGAGAUGAGUCUGCAGCAGGCGGAUGUAGUUCUCGUCCUGGAACAGGAGGACGGCUGGCAGUACGGGGAGCGCCUGCGCGAUGGCGAGACCGGCUGGUUCCCCGAGGACGUGGCCUCCAGCAUCACCAGCCGUGUGGCCGUGGAGGACAAUGUGCGCCGGAUGGCGAGGCUGCGGCUGGAGACCGAUGUAUAGGCCCAGUGGCCCCGAGCACCCCACCUGGCCCUGGAACACCCUCCAUCCGCCUCAGAGCAUCCCAACCUGACCCUGGGAGCGUCCUCCAGCUAGCACCAGGAGCACCGUCUAGUCAGUCCUGGGAGC